AUGUAUCUGAUCACUGUGUUUGGGAACCUGCUCAUCUUCCUGGCCAUUAGCUCUGACUCCCACCUCCACACCCCCAUGUACUUAUUCCUGGCCAACCUGUCCUUUGUAGACAUCUGCUUCACCUCCACCACCAUCCUGAAGAUGCUCUGGAACAUCCAGACCCAGACCAAAGUCAUAACCUAUGAGGACUGUAUCACACAAAUGAACUUUUUCAUAACCUUUGCAAGGAUGGAUGACUUUCUCCUGAAUGUGAUGGCCUACGACAGGUUUGUGGCCAUCUGCCACCCGCUAAACUACAUGGUCAUUAUGAACUCCUGGCUCUGUGGACUCCUGGUCCUGGUGUCCUGGAUCCUGAUGGUCUCUUUAUUUUACUGUACAAGCCUAGGAGUGUACCUCAGCUCUGCUGCUACCCAGAGCUCCCACUCAAGUGCAACAGGCUCAGUGAUGUACACGGUGGUCACACCCAUGCUGAACCCCUUCAUCUAUAGCCUGAGGAACAAAGACAUUAGUUCCUCUGAUGAGAUUCUCUGGUAUGGCAGCUAUAAAAGGGCCAAUUGUCUUGUGCUGAAAAGACUCUCAGGCACAAGUCUCCAUUCCCAGAACAUCGCUGGGCAUGAAUUCAAGCUCUUGUCUGAGUCAUCCUUUGAUCAUGAGGAUUGA